GACUUAGUUGAACUCUGCACACCAACUUUGGGUACACGUUAAAUUCAAAGCAGUCUUAGCUCUUUUUUUUUUUUUUUUUGGACAGAAACUGGUGGGGGUGGGGAGAGAAAGGGGGAACUGGGAAGAGAAGGAGAGGAAGUUAAACGUCGCUUCCCUCCCUAUCUUCCUUAGAAAACCCAAUAUGGCAUCUUCCAUGAGGAGCUUGUUCUCUGACCACAGCAGAUAUGUAGAAUCCUUUAGGAGAUUUCUCAGCCAUUCCACGGAACACCAGUGCAUGCAGGAAUUCAUGGACCAGAAGCUGCCAGGCAUAAUAGCAAGGAUUGGAGACACAAAAUCAGAAAUUAAGAUUCUGAGCAUAGGCGGAGGUGCAGGUGAAAUCGAUAUUCAAAUUCUUUCCAAAGUCCAGGCUCGAUACCCAGGAGUUUGUAUCAAAAAUGAAGUUGUUGAACCAAGUGCUGAACAAAUCAGCAAGUACAAAGAGCUUGUAGCCAAGAAAUCAAACCUCAAGAACAUAAAGUUUGCUUGGCAUAAGGAGACAGCAUCUGAAUAUCAAAAUAGAAUGAUGGAGAAAAAAGAGCUUCAAAAGUGGGACUUCAUUCAUAUGAUUCAGAUGCUGUAUUAUGUAAAGGACAUCCCAGCUACUUUGAAAUUCUUUCAUAGUCUGUUAGCUACCAGUGCUAAGAUUCUCAUCAUUCUUGUGUCAG